AUGGAUACAAGCUACCUCGCGCAGCAGGUCAAUACAAUAAUUGGCCAGCUGCACGGCCUGUUCGACGAGAUUGGAGUGCCGAACCACGACCGCGACGCCCGCGAAGAGGAGCUUUUCGCGGCACUAUCCGAUGCACUCAAUAACCAAGUCCGCCAGGUGACGGCGGAGAAGAAAGGAAUGGUCGAGGAGGCGCAAAAGAUGAUCACGACUAUCAAGCAGAUGGAGGCUUCGCUCGACGAUGGACGACCGCGCCGUAGUAACGACGCCGAUCUCAAGGUCACCUACCCGCUUACGAGGUGUCUCCAAGUGCUCAAGGAGAAGCACAUUCAAGUCAGCCGCCUCCACCGGGAGCGAUUUGAACAGGUUAAGAAACUGGUGCAAGCUCUCGAGUCUUAUUCUCUCCACCUCGAGCCAACGUUCGUCGAGCUGGACCUGCCGCCAACGGGACCAAAUGAGUCUAUUCCGCCCAGUUUCGAUCUAUCACCGGCGUAUGUGGAUAAACUGGAUGCCGAGUUUACGCGCGUGUAUGAGGAGUACACCCGCCGCGUGGCAACAGUCAAGACACUCGCCGAGAACAUUAUUCAGCUCUGGGCCGAACUCGGCACGCCCCAGGCGCAGACCGACGGCGCGAUUGUCAAGUAUUAUCGCGACGCUCCUGAACAGCUUGGCCUUCACGAGGAGGAUCUCAGCCGUCUGCGGACCAAGAGAGAUAAAUUGGUAGAUGAGAAGAAGGGACGCGAAAAGCGCCUACGAGACCUGAAAGCCGCCGUCGAGACCCUUUGGGACAAGUUGGGAAUUGAAGAAGCCGAGCGCAAGGGCUUCCUCAAUGCCAACCGUGGCUGCGGCAUCCGCCAGAUCAACGAGUUCGAGGACGAGUUGACAAAACUCAACGAACUCAAGCGACAGAACCUGCACUUGUUUGUCGAGGAUGCGCGUUUCAAACUACAGGAACUCUGGGAUGCGCUGUAUCUCUCGGAGGAUGAGAUGCUUGAAUUCACGCCGGCUUUCUCAGACGUGUACAGCGACGCCCUCCUUGAGGCUCACGAGCGCGAGAUUUCCCGCCUGGAGCUACUGAAGGAACAGCGCGCCCCUACUCUUGCUCUUCUCGACAGACACAAGUCUCUUGUCAGCGAGCGCAAUGAGCUGGCUGCUUCAAGCCAGGAUGCCUCGCGACUGAUGAUGCGCGGCCAAAAGGGCGAGAGACGCGACCCCGGCAAGCUGCUCCGCGAGGAGAAGAUGAGGAAGCGCAUCGCUAAGGAGCUUCCCAAGGUGGCGGCUGAGUUGCGGAAGGCGUUAGAAACCUGGGAGGACGAGUACGGCCGCCCUUUUCUGGUUCAGGGAGAGCGCUAUCUUGACACUCUCGAGACGGAGGACUCUAAACCGGGGCCCGGUCCUCGGUCCAGGACACCCGGUCCGACUCCCACCCCGUCGAACAAUAACCCUGGCCUAAGCCGCGCCAAGAGUGUGGGUGGCAGCAUUAGGGGGCCACCGAGGAGCUCUGCGAAGACACCGACGGGUACGAACCCGAACAAGGCAGCUGCAACACAACCAUCACAGGGAGGUACGCUCAGAGGGUUCCCAGCUAGCGGCAAAGGUAGCCCGACUCGCCCCCCUGCGCGGAUGCCCCUUUCCAAUCUCAAGCAUGGGGGCAAUUCCCCUGAGCGCCCUCAGUCGAGAGCUGCAGAGAGCACAACCCGUCAAGUAAACCCGGUAUUAAGAGCACCCCCACCGAAGAUGCGAGAGCUCCUACCAGCACCCGAGCUUGAGACACCAACAAACAACUAUCGGUCGGCCGGUCUCAGCUCGAGCGUUAUCCGGAAUGUCGAGCCUGAGGACGUCUACGAAGAACGCUACUCGUAUCAAGAACCCAGCCGACCCGCGUCACGGGACUACUUUGCGUCACGGUCCAUGCAACAAGCAUCCUAUCCUCAAGCACCACCCGCCGUACGGCAGAUUUCACACGCCUCGUCCAGCAGCUCUAGUAACGGGACGGUAAUCACCGGCUCAGAAAACUGGGAGACGUAUGACGACGUCUCGGAGCCUGAGGAGGACCUCUCCGAAGACUACUUUGCCAAACUACGCGCUGCUCGGAGUACCAACGGGCUCAACGGAAACAACAUCGUGCGGCCGCAAAGUCAACUCAAACACCAUCGCGGUAUGCCGCCUGCAAACGCGAAGCCGAUGUUGAUGGAACACGAAGGAAACCGGAUCGUGUCGGGGAGCGAGUGGACGGACGAGGACGGAUACUAA